AUGAGAUUAUCUGGUUUGCUAAUAUGGAUUUUAGCAUGGUUUCAGGUUCAUGUACAGGCAUUGGUUUUGAUUGAUUCGACGCUAGCGUCCGCUUGUGUUUAUUAUGAAUUGCAAUACGAUUGGGGUUGUAACUCGCAUAGUAAUGGUAUGAAGGCAUACGCAUGCAGAUGUGGUAAUGCUGCUUGGUUAGGAUCAGUCACAAACUGUGUAUAUGAGAAUACAAAUAGUACGAGGUUGAGAAACCAUGCAUUGAGGCACAUCUCGACACGUUGCUUGCAAAAAGGUGGGUUCGAGUAUUCUUUGGCCGACAUGCAAGGUUUCUACAAGAAUGCUACAUCAUAUUUGAGAGAGCCAACUAAGAUGGAUUUGACAAUGCCAGUUGAUUUGCCAUUGCGGGUGAACGAAAGUUCAUACGCAUAUUAUCAUAAAGGGUUCAAAGACUUCACUUUCUCUGUACAAAGAUCGCAAUGGUUUGGCUGGGGUUUGGUUUUCUAUUGGGCCACGAUCCUCGUGUUGGCAUCAAUCUUCAAUUUAUCUAAGAGAGUGUUUGGGUUCACAUGGGAAACUAACUGGAUUAGAAGAACUCUUACGUUACCAUCAACCUUUGGUAAAUACCAUAAUAGCCCUUACACACUAUGGAAAUGCUUCCAGUUCUAUUUCCCAACUAGACUGCAAUCCUGGGUUAUUGCUGUCUUCCUAAUCCAAACUAUCGUGUCUUGUUGUGUGGGUUACAACACGAUAUCAAUGCCUCAUCCUUAUUUGACUUCGAGAUGGUACGCUAAUUUGGAUUUGAUUUCAUAUAGAACCGAUUUAAUGGCUAUUUCCUUAUUCCCAAUCGUCUAUUUCUUUGGAAUCCGUAACAACCCAUUCACUUGGGUCACUGGUAUUUCGUUUGCUACAUUUAACUUGUAUCACAAGUGGACUGCAUACGUGAUGGUAAUUUUGGCCUUCAUUCAUUCCAUCAUUUGGACUGUCUGGGCUAAGUCUAAGGAAGGUGGUGGUUACCUUGCUUGGUGGCCAGAUGCUUACUGGCAGUGGGGUGUCUUCGCCACUAUGUUGUCUUUCUUCAUGGUUGCUCACAGUCAUAAAUGGAUUAGAGACUUAGCUUAUGAGUUUUUCCUUAUUUUCCAUAAGUUAUUCAACGUCAUGUUCAUUGUUUGCAUGUACUACCACUUGAAUACCUUAGGUUGGUUGGGCUGGGUUUGGUCCAUGGUCGGUAUCUGGGGUUUUGAUAGAGUAAUGCGUUUCGCUAAAAUUAUUCUAUGUGGUGGCUUACAAACUGCUACCGUCACUGAUUGUGGAAAUGGUGUUAUCAGAAUGAAGAUCAAGAACCCUCGACUCCUUAAAUUUUACCCUGGCUCCUACGCUUAUGUGUACUUCUUCUCUACUAGUGACCCAUGGAUUUACUCGUUCCAAUCUCAUCCUUUCACUGUGCUGUCAGUGCCAGAUGAAGAUGAGUCCACCUUAACAAUUAUCUUCAAAGCUAAAAAGGGUAUAACUAGAAAUGUCUUGAACCGAUUAUUGAAAUCUGGCGUUGAUGAACUUAAAUACAAGAUCUUUGUUGAGGGACCAUAUGGUGCUGCUUAUCCAUGCCACAAGAAUUCCACCCGUAAAUUUAUUGGUUUGGCCGCAGGUCUAGGUAUCAGUGCUGUCUUCCCUCAUAUCAAAUCCGUCAUUGAACAAACGUCAACCAAUAUUGUUCAUGAACUUAAAUGGAUUUCCAAUGAUAUGAACUGUUUGAACUGGUUCAGCAAAGAAUUGGCGUGGUUAGCAUCUAAUAAUUGCAAAAUUACCUUCAUCUAUACCAAGGAUAUCGGCUCUGAUACGGAAUCCGUAUCCGACUACUCAGAAAAGCCAAAAUCCAUACAAGACCAAAAGAUUUCGUCUAAAAUUGAAGUACUGACAUUCAGUACUCGUCCGGAUAUGAACCAAAUCGUGCAUGAAGCCAUUUCUAGUAGCGAAGAGGACAUUUCUUUUGUAUCAUGUGGCCCUUCUUCCUUCAUUGAUGUCGUUAGAUACAGCGUCAAAAAAGAAUUAGCCAACACUAAGGUAGACGUCGAUUUAGAAGAGGAGUCCUUUACUUGGUAA